AUGAGUGAAUCUCGUCCUGAGUACGACAUCGCAGUGGUUGGAGCCGGUGCCUAUGGUACAGCCGUACUAGGCCAGAUGUCCUUGCAUUUGGUACCCAAAGACCAACAGGAGUGUCGUAUUCUUGUAGUGGAAUCCAGCCAAGAAUUAGGACCGGGAAUGCCAUAUGCCAAAAACAUGACCAUCCCUGACCACAUCGUUAACAUUGCAGGUGGAUGCACACAGAUAACAGCCACCUACAUACCGCUCUCUGAGCAAUCCGAUUUUUUAAUUUGGCUUCGCUCACUCUCUCCAGAGCACCGUGCCAGUCUGGAAAUUGAAAAGGUUGAGAGCCCGGCCUGGCUGCAUAAACCAUUUCCCAGAUUUGUGGUGGGCCUCUACCUAAGCGACCGUUUCAAACAGUUCGUCGUGGCACUGAAGAAAAAGGGAUUCAUUGUUGAUGUGCGUAAACAGACAAAGGUCACUUCAGUUCGUCUAACAAUGGGCAAUUUGGAUACGAGCUAUGGAUAUGAGCUUUGUUUUGACAAGGAGAGUAAAAUCUUCGCCAAAUAUGUAUUUCUUGCCACAGGCCACUGGAUCUACAACAGAUUUCCUGACUUUCCACGCUGGCUUCCUUCGCCAUUUCCACCAAAGGAAAUACAAGAAAAGAGCCAGCUUGGUGGGAGCAUUGGAAUACUUGGAUGCUCCUUAUCAGCUAUCGACGCCGCACUCACGCUAAGCAAAAAGAAUGGAUCAUUCCAUGCCAGUCGUCAAAGAGGCAUAAAUACCUUGAAGUUUGUUCCCUUUAAAGGAGCCGAGGAAUUCAAGAUGACGAUGUAUGGACGGAAGGCAUUGCUACCACAGGUCAUGGGCGUGGUUGUGAACAAAAUCUUUGCUCAUAAGUAUUUAACACCUUCCUCGUUUAUUCCCAUAAUAGAAGCCAAUGAUGGAUUUUUGCCUCUGGAUGACUUCUGGUAUCUUCUAAAAAGAGAGAUUUAUGAUGAAGUUCCGCAUCUUCGCCCCCAUUUUCCAGACGACUGGGAGACAGUGUCGCUUGAGGACGCUGUCUCUAAAAUGAGAAAGCUGCUUCAAGCAACUGACCCCGUCGACAGACUAAGCCGUGAGCUGGAAGAGGCAAAAGAUAGUCUAACUAGCGGCGUACCUCUUCUUCUUCAGAAUGUCUUUUAUCAGUCCUAUGCAAUAUUUGACGAGGCUUUCAACUACUUUUCGGCUGAGGAUCGCAUCAGGUUUGAAGAAAUUAAGACCGAGCUCCAUCUGCUAAUUGGGCCUUUCCCAGUUCAAAAUGCUGAGAAGAUCCUGUCUCUAAUGAAAGGUGGCUACCUGAAGGUUACAAGGAUUGGCAAAGAUUACGAAAUUGACGAAGCGGAAGAUAGAUGUGGCGUCAAAGUAUCGUGGAGAUUAAACGAAGAAACAACUUUUGAAGCCUGUCAUGAUGUGAUAGUAGAUGCUACUGGUCAAAAGGGUGCAUUCGAGAAAGAUCCUUCCCCACUGACGAGAUCUCUGAGAGAAGGAAAGCUCGUCAGCGAGAUUUUGGUUCCUUUUCGGAACAUUUUAAAGUCCCAUAAGCAUGAAAAUCAUCCAAAUGUGGUAUCAAGGGAUGGAACGAGGUAUUUCCGUCCAUCCGGUGCUCUCAUUGACAUGAACAAUUUUUCUCUCGUACCUGCGGCUAAGGAUCCUCAUGCACCUCCUAUCUACUACAUGGGACCGUUUACAAUGGGGCAGGUAGCAUUUCCACAAGACAUGAGCGUAGUUACAACCGCCGCUGAGCGGUCCGUGGAGGAUCUUAUUGAGAGAGGUGCGCUGGAACGUGAUGAUAGUUAUUCAGCCGAGCAAGAUCCGAUGCCAAUGUAUGGGUGGUUGCCGAACGCCAAGGGAGACGUGUCUGGGCAGAUGGGUAGAAUGACCAAGAUCCUCUCAUCCAAAAAAGAAAAUUCUCAAACCAAAGAGCUGUAGGUUUUGGACUAUAGGACAAAAGCUGAGACACGUAGGAUUUGAUAGCGAUAUGAUAUUGAUACACCAAACAGUACUAAUGUCGUUAAUUAGCCCCCACAUAAGAUAAAUCCUGGAGGUUUUAAUUUUGUUGAUACUAAAAAUUAGACAUCACCUCUUUUAAAAUUUAACCAUGCCUUACCUUUAACCUUAUGCGAUUUUUCUAAAUUUUGAAAAAAAAGUACAUACCACCGCAUGGUAAAUUUUCAUAGCUAAGAACCCGCUGUUUACUACGUUUAGAAAAAGGUCUCGGCCGAGUUUUACGAAGCAAGAUCGAGUGAACCCAGGAUAGAGGAACAUUUUUAAAGCUUCACAGAAAGGUUCAUUUUUCAUUUUUCCUUUUUAACCAUUUACCUUACACUAAGUUAAAUCCCACAAAAAAGUGGCUAAACAAGUAAUUAAGAGAAAUCUGUAUACAAGAAAAAUCUUUACCAAGCUACUGAUAACGUUAUCCACCUUUAAUUUGAUGUACUACUGUCUGUAAGAUAAUGGCGGCUCCUUUUAGUUGAUAAAAUUACUGGAAACGUCAUGUUUACG